AUCAUCAUCAUCAUCAUCAUCAUCAUCAUCAUCAUUCGGACGAUGAAGAGGAUAUAGAAGAAGUAGAGGAUGAAGAUCGUCGUAUUCCUAUUUUAUUAGCAGGGAGUCGAAAACGAAUGAGAGAUCAUAGUCAAAAUAGUAUUCAAAUGAUUGAAAAUGCUCAAAAGUUUUUAAGAUCUAGUCAUGAUAGUGAUACUGGAAGUGAGAAUGAGUUCAAUGAUAAAAAGCGUCAAAAAUAUCUAGAUAAAGUGGAGGAUGAUCAUGAAAAUAGGAUUCAAAAGGAUGAAGAAGAGGAGACGCAUGUAGGAGGAGGAGAAGGAGGAAAAGAAGAUAAAGGAGAAGAAAUGGUAAUAGUAGCAGAAGAAGAAAAAGGAGAAGAGGAAGAAGAAGAACAAGAAGAAGAGGAAGAGGACGAGAAUGAGGAUGAGGAAGAGCAAGAGGAAGUGGAAAUAGAUGAUGAAGAGGAUGAAUUAGCAUCAUCGGCUUCUUCACCAAGUUCACCUACAAGAAUCAUGUUGCCUUCACCAAAAUUAGCAGUUGUAAAAGAUAAACAAAUAUCAUCACCAAUAAUACCCAACACGACUGAUUCACCGCAACAGCAGUCCCCUUCUUGUUCAAACUGUAAAAAUAAUGAAUUAAAAAUGACUUUGAUGAAACAUGAAAUGGAUCGUUUAAAGGCUCAAAUAUCUCAACUUGAAAGGCAAUGCUAUAAACAGAAUAAUCAAAUAAAUAAAUUGCUUCGAUUACGUGACAGAACAGAAAGAUGGCGAAAGCAAAUCAUUUCUGAUUUAGCAAGAGGACCUUUAAUAGUUUCUGACGAUGAUGACGAUGAGGAUGAGGAUGAAGAAGACGAGGACGAAGAUGAUGAUUAACAAAAAGAGAAAAAAAAAAAGAAAACUUUGUUUAUUCUUAUUAUUUAUAUUCUUGUAUUUUAUAUAUUAUUUUUGUUUUGUUUGUAUAUUAAUAUAUGUCUAUCUGUUUUUUUUUUAACUGCUUUAAUACAUUGAACCUGAAUGUGACUUUGUUUUUACAUUUAUAAACACAUAUAAAAAAAAAAUUAAAUAAUGC